AGAGAAGUCGUCUGCUUCACUAAGCGAUUUAUGUUGACAUUUAUUGAAGGGGACCAUUAGAAUGUUAAAACUUAUGGAAUAAGGAUACAUUUGGAUGAUUUUUCGUUUCACGCUGGUUGUUGUCGCAAUCCUCCUGGCGAAUUUAACGGAGUGGACAAAUGCAGUCGCUCUAGAUGCAACAUGCUCCGCGACGAGUGAUUGUACCCCGACAUAUUCGGAAUGCACCGGAGCAACUGGCGCCCAAACAUGUAAAUGCGCAACAGGCUACAACAAGCAAGGGGCGGAUUGCAAAGCAGACCUAGGAUCAACCUGUACACUUACCACCGAUUGUGACACGACAACACAUCCUAACUCAGAAUGUACCGGAACAUCGGGAUCCAAAACCUGUACAUGUAAAUCAGGCUACACCAAACAAGGAACCGCAUGCAAAGCAAACCUAGGUACAACCUGUACACUUACCACCGAUUGCGACACGACAACACAUCCUAACUCAGAAUGUACCGGAACAUCGGGAUCCAAAACCUGUACAUGUAAAUCAGGCUACACCAAACAAGGAACCGCAUGCAAAGCAAACCUAGGUACAACCUGUACACUUACCACCGAUUGCGACACGACAACACAUCCUAACUCAGAAUGUACCGGAACAUCGGGAUCCAAAACCUGUACAUGUAAAUCAGGCUACACCAAACAAGGAACCGCAUGCAAAGCAAACCUAGGCUCAGCCUGUACUACGACCACUGAUUGCGACACGGUAACUACAACUGAUGCUGUAUGCGACCUGAAUGCUGCAUCCAAGAUCUGCGCAGUGGGGUUUGACGGUAACUGUAGCGGCGAUAAGAGUACAAAGUGUCCCACUUCUGCUACGUGUGUGAGCAACAAGUGCGCAUGCAGCACGGGUUACAUUGCCACCACCACCAAACUUUGCAGUAAAUCAGGGGCUGAAGGGUUGGUGAAAGCGAUGUCGAUGCUCAUUAUGGUGACCAUUCUCAUCGCGGGGAAGAUGUUUUAAAAAUGAAUGAUGUACCGCAAGUGUGUGUUUUACGCAACGUGUCAUUGUGGUACAGAUGUUUUACCGAGACAAUGAUUUAAGGUUGAGGAGAUUCUUUCAACGGAACUUUCUCCCUUGUUUUUUGUGUGAUUUUGCUGUGAUUUUGUGUUUUUUUAACAAUUAAUUGAUCUACAUAUUAAUGUUUUGGUAAACACAAUUAAGAAUACUGUUGGAUUAAAUAUAUUAAAACUGUUUUCGACAAAUAAAUACAUUGACUGAAAUUUAUGUUUUUGGACCGUUUAACAUGGUUAUAUACUCCAAAAUCGCAAAUAAGUAAAAUAGCUUAAAUUUUAAUUCAAUAAAAUGUAAACUGAUGGUGUUUUUAAUGA